CUUUGUGUUUUGAGAAGUCGAACGGAGACAGGAUCAGCUUGAAGAGAAAGGCGAGGAAAAAUCGGGGCUCCAUGCUGGCUGCCACGGCGAACUGCUAAGCGGCACGCAACGCAAGCAGGCAGGCAGUCAGUCAGACGUUCGCAGCAGACAACAUGGCGCCGAGAGCGUCGUCGUCAUGCCGGCGUGACGUUUCCCGCGCGCGUCAUUAACGGAAGUAAGUCCACAAAAUGGCGGAGUUUUACGGCGCUGAGGUGUGAAAGGGAAGAGAGAAAGGAGAGGACAUGGGGUGUCUAUGCUCGCGGGCAGUUAGGUAGGCGAUCGAGGCAGAAUGACGAGAGAUCCUGUAGAAAGAGAGGAGGUUAGGUCGGUGGCAUAGAGAAAGAAGAAUGACUGGUAGCCGCCUUCAGCGGUAGACUAGCUAGCGUGCUGUACGAAUGGGGCAACGAUGUGUCGAGGGGGCGAGCGUUAGAUGAAAAGAGAGAAAACGAUAAAAGUGAUAGGUUGAACGCAGAUAGCGCUAAAGAACGAGUGAGUGGGGAUACGCAGAGGAGAGGCCGCAAGGGAGUGCAAGAAGAGAGACUCGAAGGAAUGAGAGAGCGAGAGAUGGCGAUAGUGCGGAGGGGAAAGACCAGUGAGAAGCAGCGACAGACUCGCCGGUGGGGAUGAAAAUUAGUUACGGCAUCCAAGACCUAAAAGGAACUCCGGCGCUACACGGUCAGAUCGCAUCGUGCAAUGUUAAGCGUUAAGGUAGUCUCGCGCGUCUUUGACAGUGCCGGUUUCGAAAUUUGUAGUAACUGUUACCAGCAUCGUCAUUAUACUCGGACUCGUGGUCGAUGUGACGGCCAUUGCUACAGGUGCGACAAAGUUAUGUGUGUAUAAUAUUUUUAUUAAAAAAAAAAAAAACUUGUUGACGUGAGUGAGAUGCUCAGUGAGGAUAACUCAGUGAAAAUGAUUCAUUCAAAGCAAUCGGUGCAUCAACAACAUCAGCAGCAGAAUAUGCGAAAAUCUGUGGGCGUUAUGGGUACCAGACGUAUCUUUACAACAGCUUUUAAAAUCAAGGUUCUGGAUUCGUAUAGGCACGACAAGGACUGUCGGCAGAAUCAGCGCGCUACUGCAAGAAAGUACGGUAUUCACCGUCGUCAAAUACAAAAAUGGCUGCAGUGUGAGGAGCAGCUCAGAAAUAGCGUUGAAAAUGGGAAUUCUGGCACCGUCUCAUCGGCAACUGCUUCUUCUGCGAGUGUUUCUAAAUCGGAUACUGUGACGGAAGUCGCAGGGAGUACUGUGAUUCCAGCAACGCCGGCCUUGAACCUCAACCUCGCCAGACAGCACGGCGACGAGCUGACUACACAGCAAGGGCCCCCACCUUCUCAUCCUCCGCAUGGUAGUGCACCCUCCUCGCCCCAAUAUAGCCUUCAAACUACCACCACCAAUACGGUGGUGCCCGUAUGUUUAACAUCUGUGACCUAUCAAGAAUAUUCAUCGGAACAACAUCUUCGUUUGUUCGAAGAACGCGAAGAUAGAGUUCACAUACCAGAGAUUCAUGGAUAUUCAGACGCGCAAGUGGAUCAGGACCGUAAUUACUACUUAUUGAACGGAGAUAGACAACAAGAUGCAGAAGCAGCUUCAACAUUCGGUGGUAGGAACGAGGUGAAGGUAUAUCAAACUUUGACGAGUUACCAUUCCCCACAUCAGGAACAUCGAUUCAACGUGAACGGUAUCAAUAAUAGCGCGCGUAAUCAUUCGCCGAAUCGUCAUCCGCAGCAACGAGAGCAGAGUUAUGGGAACGUCGAUUCAUUCGACGGGAGAUCGUACAGCCUGCUACUAGCGCCGUCGAUGAUAAAGACAGAGCCAGCGAGUCCAGACACAGCGGCGACGUCAGGGCCGUACGAAUCGAUUGGUUCUCCCAAUGGCCCACGGGCCCCGCUCUCACCAGUAUCGCAUCAAGGCGUUGAUAGCGGUGGCUCUUCCUCGUCCGUUCACUUCGUUGAUUCUUCACGAGCUCCUGCAAGCCCGUAUUUGCACGUGCACGCGCAUGAGCACGCACACACGUGCCGCCCGUUGAAUUCCGAGAAGCCUAUCCCAUCGCUCCUGCACGAGCAAGAGAGAAAGUCGGAGGAGACAACGCAGCAUACCGAAGAGAAGAGAGAGGAAGAAAGGCAGGAGAAGACAGAAUAUUGCAAGACGUUGAUUAAAGAAGAAGUACACUUGGAUGAGGAAGAGGUCGUCUAUAACGAAGGGGAAGAAGCAACUGCAGCCUCGUGCGUUGACUAUCAACGACCACCUGUUGGCAGGUCGUCACUAGAUAGUUCAGGAUCGGUGAAUCCUAUGUACGAUCGCAAUAGUUACUCCUUGCCUUCGAGUCCUCGUGAUUGUUCUAGCGCUGGAAGAUCCAGAAGUAGCUGGUCGGACAGUGAGAUAGAUCCUCUCAUGGCUAACAGUUUGAAUUCGUCUAGCAAUUUUACUCGUAGACGAUCUUUUGCUCUAAGUUUUAAACUCGACGUUCUCGACGCCUUCCAUCGGGAUGAGGAAGUGAAGAGAAAUCAAAGAGCUACCGCGAGAAAAUUUGGCAUAAAUCGUCGUCAGGUACAGAAAUGGCUGGAACAAGAGGCAGAUCUCAGAGAUGAAAUCACUCUUCGAGGAGAUUCACGUCAACGAUUGGGCCCUAUCCAAAAUGAUUCGCCAUUGGAUUUGACGACAACAAGUUACACUUCGCUAGGACAAGUUACAAAUUGUGUUUCGUUGUUGCGUGACCGACUUGAGAAUGAACAUGAACUAUUGCCAACGCACAUCCUUGGCGAUGCUGGUUUUGUUUCUUCUCAACAUCCCUCUAAUUAUCAACACAGCACUGGAACAGAACCAUCCUCUGAAGUAGAAUCCGUAGCGCCCUGUAAUCUAUCUUGCUCCGUAGAUAGUCAUACUACAAUGUCGACGACAUCUUCUUAUCAAGAGCUGUCUUUAAGAGAAUCCUGUUACACGGAGCCAUCGAUUAAAACGUACUGCUAUUCGCCUAGAGCAAAUUCCGUGGUUUCUAACUUUUCCGAAGGAUGCGAGCAAAGAUUUUCACCUCUGAAGAGACAACAUUGUAUGCUUGCUUGCUGCUACGAUGCGAUGCCAUCGCCGAAAAGAUUCUGCGACAGGUUUCCAGAUACGGACGACUCCUACGAUAUACCGCCUCAGGAUAUGCCUCUUUGUCUUGUAAAACGGAAAUCAACACAGGAACUCUCUCGAACGGAAUUGGUUACAAAAUCAAUCAGUACCGUAUCGACUUCGAAUAAUCCUGAUGCCAUCACUUUCAAGCCUUACCUAGAUAAUCCAGUGAGUAAACCCAUGAAGAAGUGCGUUGCCCAGCGCGAUUUAUCUCCUAUCAGCAAUCAUAAUAUCAACAACAAUAACAAUAAUAAUGGUAAUUGCCAGAUAAUUUGUAAUUUCAAUGAGAACCAAAGUCACAAUUAUGAUUUUGAGCUUAAUUUGCGAGUGCCCUGGAGAUAUGAUUUAGAUCCGUAUACAAAUCGAUUUCCGCAGAGGAGUGCAUUUGUUAGCGUAUCUUCACUCUACAUGUAAUUUCUUUUUGCAUAUCAAUGAUCGAACGUUAAUAAUACAAAACCGUAGACUUUUGAAUCAUCAAUCGUGUCUGUAUUUUUUUUUGUUUCAUCCUACAUGGAUAUAUUUCUCUAAAAGUAAAAAAAAAUACAAUAAUGAUUGGAUUGCGUUAUAGUCAAUUAGCUUGGGGGCGUAAAAAUCAGACUCGUAGGUUUCUCGGGUGAGAAUGUACCGGCGAAAGAUCGAUUGGUGCGUGAUCUACUACACGUAGCAGAACACGUAAGCACUUAUCGUUUCCACGGAUCGUCAGUACAGCGUUAUACAUCGAGAUAAAGUCUUAAUCGGCCAUUGGACGACCCGAGGCAUGGAAGGAGAUUAUACAUGGUCGUGUCCUCGACUGGCGUCUUCUUCUAACUUCAUCAGAUCUGCUUGACUCUUUUCCCCUCCACCAUCAUCCGCUCAUUCCUUUUAAAAAUUUGUGUAGAUACUCUAGCAGAUCUUUUUUCAUCACUUUAUCAUCGAGAUUAGAGGUGGUUAUCGGCUAGGCCGUUUAGAGGUCGAAUUCGUUUGCUAUAAUUAUAGAAUUAUGUCAGAGCGCACAGCCGUUGCGUUGCAUCGAAAGAAAGUUCGCGGAAAGAAAUGAUUAAGCCGAAGUAUCGUAAAAUGCAAAAAAAAUGAAUUUGUUCUUACAACAUGAUAUGUAAUAAAAUCAGACAAUCUCGUAUGCAAGAUAUUUUUCGCUUAGUGUAUUUGCCUAAGCAAAUUUUUAGUUCAAUUUUGUAUAUCGACAUUGCAUAUUGUGCUGUACAGAUGCAUUGCGUUAAAUAAAAACAACACUUUUAGGUCAUGUUUCUUCCAUUUUGUUUUCUAUGGAAAGUUAUCCGCAGACGGACGUUGAUCGCACGAUUUCUUGGUAUCGUGCCACCCAUAGCUUUCCGCGAACUGGUCGCGCGAUCGCAUUCAUCACUGAUCGUGAAUAUGCAUUCGAUCUGCAGAAAUCACUUAAUUGCUCAAACAAUUUCUUCCAUGUGCGCACAUAUCACACGCGUACCAUGUUAUACAAUAAAACAUUAUCAUCUCCCUUCUCAUUGUUUGACACUUGUUGUCUACUUUUUGUUUUCAUUAUUAUCACUUAA